UCAGCCAUGGCCCUGCGCAAGGAGCUGCUUAAGUCCAUCUGGUACGCGUUCACCGCACUGGACGUGGAGAAGAGCGGCAAGGUCUCCAAGUCCCAGCUCAAGGUGCUGUCCCACAACCUGUACACCGUCUUGCACAUCCCUCAUGACCCCGUGGCCCUGGAGGAGCACUUCCGAGAUGAUGACGAUGGUCCCGUGUCCAGCCAGGGAUACAUGCCCUACCUCAACAAGUACAUCCUGGACAAGGUGGAAGAGGGGGCUUUUGUUAAGGAGCACUUUGACGAGCUGUGCUGGACCCUGACGGCGAAGAAGAACUACCAGGUGGAUAGCAACGGGAACAACAUGCUCUCCAAUCAGGAUGCCUUCCGACUCUGGUGCCUCUUCAACUUCCUGUCUGAGGACAAGUACCCUCUGAUCAUGGUUCCUGAUGAGGUGGAAUACCUGCUGAAGAAGGUGCUCAGCAGCAUGAGCUUGGAGCUGGGCUUAGGGGAGCUGGAGGAGCUGCUGGCUCAGGAGGCCCAGGCAGCCCAGAGCAGCGGGGGGCUCAGCGUCUGGCAGUUCCUGGAGCUCUUCAACUCAGGCCGCUGUCUGCGAGGUGUGGCGCGGGACACGCUCAGCAUGGCCAUCCAUGAGGUCUACCAGGAGCUCAUCCAAGACGUCCUAAAGCAGGGCUACCUGUGGAAGCGAGGGCACCUGCGGAGGAACUGGGCAGAACGCUGGUUCCAGCUGCAGCCCAGCUGCCUCUGCUAUUUCGGGAGUGAAGAGUGCAAGGAGAAGAGGGGUAUGAUCCCACUGGAUGCGCAGUGCUGCGUGGAGGUGCUGCCCGACCGAGAGGGGAAGCGUUGCAUGUUCUGUGUGAAGACUGCCUCCCGCACCUAUGAGAUGAGCGCCUCCGACACGCGCCAGCGCCAGGAGUGGACAGCUGCCAUCCAGACGGCGAUCCGGCUUCAGGCCGAGGGGAAGACGUCGCUGCACAAGGACCUGAAGCAGAAGCGGCGCGAGCAGCGGGAGCAGCGAGAGAGGCGCCGGGCUGCCAAGGAGGAGGAGAUGCUGCGACUGCAGCAGCUGCAGGAAGAGAAGGAGAGGAAGCUUCAGGAGCUGGAGCUGCUGCAAGAGGCGCAGCGGCAGGCGGAGCGCCUGAUGCAGGAGGAGGAGGAGCGGCGCCGCAGCCAGCACCGGGAGCUCCAGCAGGCGCUCGAGGUCCAGCUGCGCGAGGCAGAGCAGGCCCGGGCCUCCAUGCAGGCUGAGAUGGAGCUGAAGAAGGAGGAGGCUGCCCGGCAGCAGCAGCGCAUCAAGGAGCUGGAGGAGAUGCAGCAGAGGCUCCAGGAGGCCCUGCAGCUGGAGGUGAAAGCUCGGCAGGACGAGGAGGCCGUGCGCCUCGCUCAGACCAGACUGCUAGAGGAGGAGGAGGAGAAGCUGAAGCAGCUGCUGCAGCUGAAGGAGGAGCAGGAGCGCUACAUUGAGCGGGCGCAGCAGGAGAAGCAGGAGCUGCAGCAGGAGAUGGCCCUGCAGAGCCGCUCUCUGCAGCAGGCCCAGCAGCAGCUGGAGGAGGUGCGGCAGAACCGGCAGAGGGCCGACGAGGACGUGGAGGCUGCUCAGCAGAAGUUGCGCCAGGCUAGUACCAACGUGAAACACUGGAAUGUCCAGAUGAACCGGCUCAUGCAUCCUAUUAAACCUGGAGACAAACGUCCCACCACCAGCAGCUCCUUCACAGGCUUUCAGGCCCCUCUACUUGCCCACCGCGACUCCUCCCUAAAGCGCCUGACUCGCUGGGGAUCCCGUGACAACAAGACCCCUUCACCCAGCAGCAGUGACCAGCAGAAGUCCCUCAAUGGUGAGGAAGACGCUUCCAGCUCAGCUUCCGCCUCUGAGGAAGAUAAACUGGACCUGGCACCAGAAAACUAACCUCUGCCAGUCUCUUGCCCCCAAUCUCACACCUACCAGGACCUGGCCACAGCUGGCCUGUGGGUGACGCCAGCCUCUGCAGAAGAAGGAGCGGCAGCCCUGGUGCCCAGGGCCCAGGCCCUCGGACCGUGAAACAGCCCGGAUUGGAACCUGGUUCUUUUUUUUUCACCCCAGCCCCAGGCCUCAGACCACUGAGGCUGUCAGGGAUGUUGACCCUUGAGAACUUGACCCUGUGCCUUAACUCCAAGGGCCCUAUGCCCUGGGCUGGGAAAGAGAGUCAACAAGCAAGCCAGGGACCACCUGUCCCCAGACUGCCACCAAGUUUGGAGGCACACUUCUGAAUAAAAACUGC